AUGAGUUGUCGAUCAGAACAUAUAUGGAUACAACCUAUAACGGGAUCGCGAAAAACAAGUAAUUUAUGCUGGGCCAUUAUCCUUUUUUUAGGUUCAUUAGGAUUCUUAUUGGUUGGAACUUCCAGUUAUCUUGGGAGAAACUUGAUAUCUUUAUUUCCGUCUCAGCAAAUCCUUUUUUUUCCACAAGGGAUUGUGAUGUCUUUCUAUGGGAUCGCGGGUCUCUUUAUUAGCUCCUAUUUGUGGUGCACAAUUUCGUGGAAUGUAGGGGGUGGUUAUGAUCGAUUCGAUAGAAAAGAAGGAAUGGUGUGUCUUUUUCGUUGGGGAUUCCCUGGAAAAAAUCGUCGCAUCUUCCUACGAUUCCUUAUAAAGGAUAUUCAGUCCGUCAGAAUAGAAGUUAAAGAGGGUAUUUAUGCUCGCCGUGUCCUUUAUAUGGAUAUCAGAGGCCAGGGGGCCAUUCCCUUGACUCGUACUGAUGAGAAUGUUACUCCACGGGAAAUCGAACAAAAAGCUGCUGAAUUGGCCUAUUUCUUGCGUGUACCAAUUGAAGUAUUUUAAGAAAUGAGCUGAGAUAAUGAAUGCUUUCUCAGCAGGAAAUAAAAACAAAAGAAUACCCCUUUUUUUCUAUACCAUAACUUAACUGAAGUUUCUUCAUAACGCUCAUUCUAGUCAAAGAAGACGUAUACGUAACGUAACAACCACAAAACAAAACUUUUUUUGUGGUCUUUUAUGUGUAUGGAAAUAUACACAACUUAAUUCAAUAACAAAAAAAUAAGUAACAAAUCGAAAAAAUGAAUUCAUCCUUUCUAUUUUAUAUCAAAGUAUUUCGAAAUACAUCAAUUUUUUUAUUCCGGGCUCUGAGUAGUCAGUUAAAUUUUUUUAAAAUAGAAGAUAUUUUGAUAUAAUGAUAGAAAAUAAUAUUCAUUACUUAAAUACUUAAAUAAAGCGGUUCUUUCAGGCAGUCAUCGAUUCGUCGAAAGGGGGAUACUUGCUUCGAAUUUAACCAAUUACUAUAUCUGGAAACAAUAGAAUAGUUUUUUGUUAAUUCUUUGAAUUCGAAGUGGAUUCUUAAUCUAUUUCUGUAUUCUUUAUACAUUCAAAGACUAACUCCGAAAUCACAAAUAAAAAAAGUGAAUAGAUUAAUAAGUUCGAUACUUUGUAAUAGAACUCAUGCAUGAGAGAAAUAUUGGAUGGCGUAGAGUCAACUAAUGAGGUCGGUUCAUUAAAAAUUAAUAGACGAAAUGAAAAAAUGUCAAAAAAGAAAGCAUUCACCUCUCUUUUAUAUCUUGCAUCUAUAGUAUUUUUGCCCUGGUGGAUUUCUCUCUCAUUUAAUAAAAGUCUGGAAUCUUGGGUUACUGAUUGGUGGAAUACUAGGCAAUCUGAAAUUUUUUGGAAUGAUAUUCAAGAAAAGAAUAUUAUAAAAAAUUUCAUAGAAUUGGAAGAAAUCCUUCUUUUGGAGGAAAUGAUCAAGGAAGACUCAGAGACACAU